CUUUAAGAUUCGUGAGGGCGGCGGACUCGUGACGACGGGGAUCUCCUCGAAUACCUACCCCCAUUCGCAUCGCCUUUCUCCUUCAAAUCCAUCCAUUCCCAAUUCAUCGCAUCCUCAUCCUCCUCCGCCGCCGCCGCCCUCGAUGUCUUCCGCCGGUGGCCAUGGAAGUGGGGCCGCCGCCUCCGAAUACCAGAACUACUUCUGCCACCGGUGCCAGCGCACUGUCUCCCUACCCGCCGCAGCCUUCGAGAUCGUCUGCCCCGUCUGCCACGAUGACUUCCUCGAAGAGGUUGAGCCCCCCAUCCCUAGUCCCAGCCCUAAUAGCUUCUCUAAUUCUACCUCUGGCAAUCCUGUUAUCGUUCAACCCUUUGCUUCCCCGUUCUUCUCCUCCUCUUCCCCCGCCCCCGCUAGCUUCGACCUCAGGCAACCCAGUGGCCUUGCCGAUCUCCUCGGCCCUGAAAUAUUCGUCUCCCGCUCUGGACCUGGUGCCCCCACUAGUGCUACUGGCGAGGUUCCCUUCAAUCCGAUGGUCUUCUUGCAGGAUUACCUCCAGCAAUUUGCGUCUGGAGGUGCCAAUAUCCAGGUCGUGAUUGGGGGCGGACCUGGCGGUGGAAUUGGGAACAUCGGUGAUUACUUUAUCGGCUCUGGCCUUGAGCAGCUUAUCCAGCACCUUACUGAGAAUGAUCCCAAUCGUUACGGAACCCCUCCUGCGGCCAAGACUGCCGUUGCAAACCUUCCGGACAUCAAAAUUAGUAGAGAGUUGCUUGCCUCUGAUGAAGCGAAGUGCUCUGUCUGCAUGGACACUUUUGAGAUGGGAAUCGAGGCCAAGAAGAUGCCUUGCAAGCAUAUCUUUCACAAAGACUGCAUCUUGCCAUGGCUCGAAUUGCACAAUUCCUGCCCAGUUUGUCGUUAUGAACUUCCGACUGAUGAUCUAGACUAUGAGCAACGUAGGGGGGCACCAGUGGUCCCUUCAGCGCAGGCAACUGCUGGAACAAGGGAUUCUGGUAGUGUUUCUGGGGCAACUGCUGGAGCUUUCAUUGAAGGAGAUUCUGCUAACCCUAGAAUGACUGAGAGAAGGUUUAGAAUUUCACUGCCGUGGCCUUUUAGAAUGUUUGAGACACAAGCAGAAGGUAGCAAUGCUGAUGGUCGAGGAAAUGAUGGGAACAAUGGCUCCAAUGCACAGUCUGGUCGGCAAGAAGAUGGACGCUAAGAAUUUCAUCAAAAGAUUUCAAUCCAGGUGGCAUGAAGAGCUUUGAAUCAUGAAGCAAUCUGUUAGCUGCACUUUAGGCCAGAUCUAUGUGCGAUGAUUCCGUCCCUUUGAUGUUGUUCUUUAUUAAUCAAGCUCCUAAGUUCCUUCAUGCUCUGGUGUUUUGGUGCUUCUUACAUUUUAAUUGGAUUAAUGCUGAUAAUAAUUUGUUUGUCGACUAUAUGGCUCUUUGUGAAACUUUGCUAUUUUGAAAUGUGGAACUGUUGGAAUCAAAUGUCUAAUUUGUUUGUUAAAAUGUUCAAGAGGGUGGGUGGAUGAGCACUUUCUUUGGUGGUGGGGGUGGAUUGUUCAUGUUAAGUACACGAACCAGAUUAGACAGUGUCAAGCACACCUUCUGAAAUGGUGUGGAAAAUAAUAACUUUUUACUCUUCUUAUAAUAUAAAUCCAUCUUGGAUUUUUUUACAUUGUCAUUUAACCCUAAAUAAUAUGUGUUCUUUUCACUACUGUUAUCAUCCUUUUUUUUUUCCAGAAGAGGAUCCUUGCCGCAAUGGUAAAAUUGUUGCUUCAUGACCAAAAGGUCAUGAGUUCAAAUCCUGGAAACAACCUUUUGCAAAAAGCAUGGUAAGACUGUGUACAAUCGAUCCUUCCCCGGGACCCCGCAUAGCGGGAGCUUCAUGCACCGGGCUGUCCCUUUUUUUUUUUAUCAUCCUUUUUUCAGUACUAUUGCCAACUUAUUUUAUAGGAACCCUUGAUAUUUUUUUGAGGGGGGAAGUGAACCUCACAUCGGCUUGGAACUAUUCAAUUUAGGCCAACAGUUGAGCACACUCCGAACGAGAGAGAAGCUUGCUCUUGAUAUUGAGGAAGAAGAGUAAAUAGGUCUUUGAUAGACAUUGGGCCUCACUUGUACAACUAGGAGGAGAAACUUCCUGCCGUAGGAGGUUGACAUUCUCCCAGCCAACAAUUGAUUGAAAUUUGUUCUCUGAUGGAGGAUCCUUUAGCAUUAUGGCAAGGAAAAGAGCAUCAACACUAAGAGAUCCAUUGGAGAAGAUGACGAUGACGGCAAAGAGGAGUGGGAGGAGGUUUAGUUGGACUGCUGGAGAUUGUUGUUUUGUGUAUGGAAUUUAUUGAGUUGGGCACGACACCAGGUGGCCUAGUGAUGCACUCAGCUUGAUUGGGUAGAGAGGGAGCAGCAACAUCGAAAGGGCUUUGAGGAGUUGUUGAAACUGUAAGGUUUUCUUGAAGGAGAAACUUCAACGAGGGAAGCAUCUCUCUUUUUUGGCGAAGGCCAUAGCAAUACCCUUGUGGAGCCAUAGUAGGGAAUGAUCUUACAAUGAAUUGCUUCUAGCUUGGAGUUGGACAGUAGUGUGGAAAAGAUUUUCUUUUUGGAAGGAAGAUGAUUUGUUGAGAAUUGAGAUGGAGGGAGAGGUGUAGAUGUGGAGGGAAAUUCACAUCAUUGCAUCAAUCUUGCAGAUGCAUCCUCCCUUUUUAAGGGAUUGAAAAGGAAGGAAAUUAAGGAAGGAAAUUGGAAAUCCAAAUUCUAGAUUUGUGUACUCUUAUACUAAGUUGAGAGAUGAAAAUAUAUUAUCUGAUUGAGGAGAUAUAAAAUAUAUCCAUAUAAUUAUAUAAUAUAAUA